AUGGCUUCGUCCGAACCCUCCACCUCCACCCAAAAGCCCUUCAACGUCGCCAUAAUCGGGGGAGGUAUUGCCGGCCUCACCCUCGCCAUCUCCCUCCUCCAGCACUCCAUCCCGCUCAUCCUAUACGAAUCAGCGCCGCGCUUCGGCGAAAUUGGUGCAGGUGUUGCCUUCGGUCCAAACGCAGCGACAGCAAUGGAACUCAUAUCGCCCAAGAUUAAAGAAGCAUUUGACCGCUGUAAAACCGUGAAUCCGAGCGAGAGAUGUCUAGAUUCCUGGUUUAGUGUUCGGGUCGGGGAUGCGCGGAAGGCGGAUAAAGAGGGGUUUGUUAGGAGGGCUGGGAGCGGAGGAGUCAAGGUUGGGGAGAUUUUAUUCGAGCAUACGUUUCAGAGUAGUUGGAGUCGGGGUGGUGUGCAUCGCGCGCAUUUUUUGGACGAGAUGGUCAAGUUAGUACCGGAGGAUGUGUCGAGGUUUGGGAAGAAGUUGGUGGAUUUUGAGGACGCGGAAGAUGGGUCGGGGGAUGUGGUGCUGAGGUUUGCGGAUGGCACGGCUGCACAACAUAGUGCGGUUAUUGGAUGCGAUGGGAUUAAGUCGCGGACGAGGGAGAUAUUGCUGGGGAAAGAGGAUCCUGCCGCAAGAGCUGUGUUCUCCGGGAAGUAUGCGUAUAGGGGGCUGAUACCGAUGGAGAAGGCGAUUGAAAUAUUGGGCGAGGAAAAGGCAAAGAAUUCGCAAAUGUACUUUGGAUAUCACGGGCAUCUACUAACCUUUCCUAUCGAAAAGGGGAAGACGAUGAACGUGGUGGCAUUCAACUCCCGUGAAACCUGGGAUGAUCCAAAUUGGGUCGUCCGUACCACCAAGGAAGAAAUGCUUGCCGACUACUCCUCCUGGGGCCCCCAAGUUCUCUCUAUUGUCUCUGCCAUGCAGAAACCUGACAUCUGGGCCCUCUUCAACCACCCUCCUGCACCCACCUACUUCAAGGACCGAGUCUGCCUUCUCGGUGAUGCUGCACACGCCACUACUCCCCACCAAGGCGCUGGAGCCGGCAUGUGCAUCGAAGAUGCGUAUAUCUUGAGCAAUUUGAUGAAGGAGGCGAGCGUCGUCGAAGACUUGCACAAGGUGUUUGAAGCGUAUGAUCAAGUGCGGAGACCAAGGACGCAGAGGUUAGUCGAGACAAGUAAGGAAGCGGGCAUGUUGUAUGACUUUGAGCUUGAGGGAGAUGAUUUAGACAAGGUGGAGGCAAAUAUGUUGGAGAGGAUGCGAUGGAUUUGGGAUGUGGAUUUGCCGGGAGAGUUGGAGAAAGCGGUGAGGGUUUAUCGGAAUGGGGUGAAAGCAAAGUUAUAG